CUCUUGCAAAGCAGGGAUCCCAGCAUGGCAUGGAAGCUGCUGCUGAGCUUCUUCUGGCUUGGGCUCUGCAGGGCUGGAGGGCUGCUCUCCCCCAAAGAGUCCCCUUCCAGGGAAGUCAAGGACUUGGGGGGCCUCUGGGGCUUCAGGGCAGACUGGUCGGAGCAGAGGGACGCUGGCUUUGCAGGACGAUGGUACCUGCAACCCCUCCGGCAGUCAGGGCCGGUGAUGGAUAUGCCGGUGCCUGCCAGCUUCAACGAAAUCACCCAAGACCCGAACUUGAGGCGCUUCGUCGGCUGGGUUUGGUAUGAAAAGGAGGUCCUGCCGCCCAUCCGGUGGCUUCAGACAGAGACUCGAACUCGGGUGGUGCUUCGGAUCGGCAGCGCACAUUACUACUCCAUUGUGUGGGUCAAUGGUGUCCAGGUCACUGAGCACGAGGGCGGCCAUCUUCCCUUCGAAGUUGAGAUCAGCCACCUUCUUGCGGAUGCCCCCGGGGAGCCGUGCCGCAUCACCAUUGCCAUCAACAACACCCUGACGCCAAACACGCUGCCUCCGGGGACCAUCCAGUACAUGCCGGACGAGUCCCUGUAUCCCAAAGGCUACUUUGUCCAAAACACACAUUUCGACUUCUUCAACUACGCUGGGAUCCAUCGGCCGGUCCUACUUUACACAACUCCCUCCGCCUAUAUUGACGACAUCACAGUGACCACCGACUUGAUCGGAAACAUUGGUUUGCUGCAAUAUUUGGUGUCAAUCCAAGGAAGCCCACGCUACUCUGUGAGCCUGACUUUACACGACGGAGAUGGCAAGGUGGUGGCAACGGGGAACGGGUCAGCCGGCGAACUCAAAGUGCCCAAUCCGAUCCUUUGGUGGCCGUAUCUGAUGCACGAACGCCCCGGGUACCUUUACUACUUGAAGGUCGUGCUCUCCGCCGAAGUGGACGGCACCAUCUCCGAAGAUAGCUAUACCCAGACGGUGGGUUUCCGGACCAUCCGCGUCACCUCAAACCAGUUCCUCAUCAACGGGAAGCCGUUUUACUUCCAUGGGGUCAACAAACACGAAGACGCCGACAUCCGUGGCAAGGGGCUGGACUGGCCCUUAGUGGUGAAGGACUUCAACCUCUUGCGCUGGCUGGGGGCCAACUCCUUCCGCACCAGCCACUAUCCUUACGCUGAGGAGAUCAUGGACCUCUGCGACGCCUACGGCAUCGUGGUGAUCGACGAGUGCCCUGCGGUUGGCAUGAAAGACAGCGCAAACUUUGGGAACAAAAGUCUCCAACGCCACCUCGCCGUGAUGGAGGAGCUGAUCCGCCGGGACAAGAACCGUCCCUCGGUGGUGAUGUGGUCGGUGGCCAACGAACCGGCCUCAGAGCUUGCCCCGGCCGGCCAAUACUUCAAGACGGUGAUCGCCCACACCAAGUCCCUGGACCCGACGCGGCCCGUCACAUACGUCUCGAACGCCAAGUAUAACCGCGACCAAGGGGCCCCGUACGUGGACGUCAUCUGUGUGAACAGCUACCUGUCCUGGUACCACGAUCCGGGUCACCUGGAAGUCAUCCAGCUGCAGCUCAACUCCCAGUUUGACAACUGGUAUAAAACUCACCAGAAGCCCAUCAUCCAGAGCGAAUAUGGAGCCGACACCAUUGCUGGUCUCCAUACGGACCCCCCUCUCAUGUUUUCCGAGGAAUAUCAGUCCGCCGUCCUGAAGGAAUAUCACGCCGUCUUGGACCAAAAGCGGAAGGAGUAUGUCAUUGGAGAACUCAUCUGGAACUUUGCCGACUUUAUGACAAACCAAGGGACAACCCGCGUUUUGGGCAACAAGAAAGGGAUUUUCACCCGCCAACGGCAACCCAAAUCGGCUGCCUUUCUGCUGAAGGAGAGAUACUGGAAGUUGGCCAACGAAUCCUUGUGUCUCACGCCGCCCAAAUACGACGAUGUCUGCCUGCCUUCCGCUCAGCAACUCAAGCGGUCUUAGCAGGCUCCCAUUCUUCCUCUGAAACGCUGCGCAGAUUACGAAGUGUUUACAGAGGAAAUCCUGGUUUGAGAGAGUGAUCAACCAAAGAAUACAAAUAGAGAUUGACUUGCCUCAGACGCACACGAACCAGAGGAAGAUGGAGGCUUCCUCCGCGUCGGCGGGGCAGAGAAUCCAUGCCAGGCUUCGGGUGGAUUUAAAGGAACUAUUUAGGAAUGGAGUUCAGCUCCUUUACAAACCUGGGGUGGGUUUACUGCUCCUCCAACAAGAACCAAACACAUUUCAGGCACAGAAUCCAGCUGGUGAUGAAUGUGCCAUAACUAUGCACUUAGAACCGAAGUUGUAUGGACAACUUGACCCGUUUGUUUUUGGAAAUGGUUUGCAAAGAGAGACAGGAGAAAGUGUCCAGCCUUACCGGUAGGUUUAAGAUUAGUUUAUGCUUGCGUAUGCCACUAAACGGAUGCCAGCCUUGCUGUGGAUAGUAAACCAGAGAGAGAGAGAUGCAUUGCAAGAAUCAACAUUUGGACCUAGGCCUGCCUUUAAGUCACAGCUCUUGAAGGAUGCCCUAUACAUUUCAUAUCAACCUUUUGCAUUUUUAAAGCCCAACUGGCUCCCAGCAACCGUCAUGUUUUCCAGCCAAAGAAUCUGGAACUGAAGGAUCUCUUAAGGAAAGCAGAGUUAAAUUACAAAGCACACGGCAAAGACGUCCACAGGUAAUUUCUACAUUUAUUUUUAUACCAAAAAAAACUUAUGUGCAACGAAUAAACAUUCUUACAUUAUUUACA